UCCAAACCAAUAAAAAAAGAUUACAGUGAUGUUGCCUAUCAAAGGACUGAUAGUUCCUGCAUCUGUGUGCAAUCCCAGAAGGCCUUGCAGGACUUUGUGGUGGAGCAAAAUCGGGAGGAGGAGCUGCACAGUCUACCUGAGCAAAUUUAUAUUCAGGACGAGAAUGCAUUUUUUAAUGACAAUCGCUUGGGAAAGAAGGACAAAAAGCUUCUUAGCGCAACAAACGGCCUGCAGAAAAAUCUGUAUUUCAGUCUUCCAGGAACACAGCUCAGUAUAGACUUCUUCCACGAGCAGGUACGCAAAUAUGACUUGGACAGUGUCUUAAUCAGAGCCACAGUGGACAGAAUCAUCCCAGUCUUAACUGAGGAUGAGAGCAAGGUGAAGUUUUUCAAGGCGACGCUAAACACUGGGGAAAAUGUAGAGGCUAAAACAGUUAUAAUGGCAACAGGGCCUUCACGGGCGCAGAUGGCAAACAUCCCGUGUUGGGUGCGGGCAAUUCAGGAGAAUUACCCAGAAGAAAGUCUGCAACACUCAGUGCAGCUCAUGCAUUACUUCUGUACACAUGAAGAGAUGGGUGAAGCCUCCUCAGGUUCCCCUCCUGUGUGUCAGAUGGGCCAGAGAGUGAUGGUGGUAGGUGGAGGUCUGACCAGCGCCCACAUUAUCUCAAUUGCGCUGAAGCAGCGUGCAUGUCAUGUGACCUGGGUCUUACGUAAACACCUACAACUUAAGCAGUUUGAUGUUGGGGAUAUAGAGAGUCUGAUUGGACGCUAUUCCCACGUUGAACACGGGAUCAAGAUGGAUGGCCUGGCCUACCUAAGGCAGUUCUAUAAUGAAAGAAGUCUUCACAAGAGGCUAGCAAUGAUAAAACAAGCCAGGAAAGGAGGAGCAGUAACCCCUGAGGCCUAUGUACAACUUCAGCCUUUCAUUCAGAGCGGCCAGCUCCAGAUCAGAACGCACUGCCAGGUGACUGACGCUAAAUGGUGUUAUCAAUCCCAGCGUUGGAGGGUCUCCCUGUGCAGCGGCGAACAGUGGAUUGGGGAAAAGAUUUGGCUGGCAACAGGCUGCAAACUGGAUGUUACCCAGGACCCUUUACUCUCUGACAUCAUGUUAAAAUUCCCCAUUCAAGUCCUGGAGGGCUGGCCAUGUAUAACAGAAUCACUGCAAUGGACAGCAGGAUGCCCCCUCUACAUGAUGGGACAAUAUGCAGCACUACAGGUUGGGCCUCAUGCUGUAAACCUUGCAGGGGGUCAAGCUGCGAGUAUACGCAUUUUCAAAGACAUCAUAGCUCAACACAAUGGACUGGAUGAGAGUACAUCAGCAAGGAUGAAGAAGACCUGCACUGAAGAGUACAUAUCGCACAUGCACGGCCUCAUGUGGUUGUAAAAUCCACAUGAGAACAGACACCUGUUAAGAGGGAGGGAUGAGCAGUCUCAGGUGUCAAACUAACCAUAACAAAGAAGAGAAUGAUGCACACAGGAAAAUGCUGAGAACAGCACUGAAAUGACACGUUAAGAUGCCACAUUGUAUAGUACAGAAGCCUAUGAAAAAAUAAAUGAUCUAAAUUUUG